AACCAGUCAAGAGUUGCAACAGUGUUUGGUCUAGUGCAUCACUUUGAACUGCCUUGAUUACUACUCUAGGAGCGUAAUAUCCACGGUUAUUUUACGCAUUUAAAUAUUUAAUAACAGAAGCAUUUCUAUUUAUCGCUUACUAUUUGUACUUGGUGAGGCUCCUGUGGAGAAGAGUAGAAAUGGAUUCGGUGUGUCUGGUGUGUUUGGCGCUGAGCAUCGGUGCUUGGUUCGCCUCUGCGGAGAGACACAGCGUCUACUGGAACAGCACGAACCAGAACUUCCUGUGGGACGAGUACAAAGUGGAAGUGCAUAUCAACGACUAUCUGGACAUCAUCUGCCCCCACUACACCCACGGUGAGGUGUCAUCGCAUGCAGCUGAGCGCUAUGUGCUGUACAUGGUGGAGAGGGAGGACUAUGAUGUGUGCAAGCCUCACUCUUUUGACCAGCUCCGUUGGGAGUGUUCGCGGCCCUUCGCUCCCCACGCUCCCGAGAAAUUCUCUGAGAAAUUCCAGCGUUUCACUCCCUUCACCCUGGGCAAGGAGUUCAGACAGGGAGAGAGCUAUUAUUAUAUCUCCAAGCCAAUGCAUCACCAUGGCCAGGAUUGUCUAAAGCUGAGAGUGGAUGUUGUUGGGCAGAAAGGCUCCGGAAAGACCAAUCUAGAGAAAUCAAAGGCGGAAGAUACAGGCAAAAGUUUUAAUGGAGGAAAAGGGAAGUUUCCUACUGCUGGAGGAGUUCACAACCCCUCAAACCGGCUCCCAGCAGAUGACCCUGCUGUGAUGGAGCCAAACGUCCAGAGGAGCAUCGGCAGUUCAGGAGUACACCUGUUGUCCUUUCCACUCUUCCCAACCAUGAUCCCAGUCCUAUUAGCCCUGAUGCUACACUAAGGCUGAGCAAGACGCCACAACAGAGACAAUGCAAAACCAAUGCCGGUCAUUGGGACCAUGAAUGCUUUUUUUAUACAGACUUUUUUUAUACAAGCAUGGUGUCAGUGUGUGUUUGUGUGUGUGUUUGCGUGUGUGUUUGCGUGAAUGUGGAACGUGGAUCGUUCCAAAGAAGAGGACAUUUUGUAUUAUUUUAUUAUGAGGAUUGAAGUUCUCAUUUUUUACCGUUUAAGAUGCACUCUUUUUUGUUAUUAUAAACAAAACUGCAAGCAAACUGAUCAAAAUCAAAUAGAAAAUGACAAGAGGAUUGCAUUUUCUUUGUUAUCCUGGGUUUUCACCACUGGUACAGAUUUGCAUUACGCUCCUCAUCUACAUCUGUUAAUUUCAUUUUUCCUCCUCUACAUAUAGAGAAGUUAUUAAUUCUGUGUGUUGGAAAUAUUGUCGUCUUAUGCCAAUGUGGUAUACAUUAAGUAGGAUUUUCGUCAUGUUGUUGUGUAGCACUCAGCUCGCUGUUGGAUCUCCUCAAGUCUUUCAAAGCACCACUGUGACAUGCACACAAAAGCUGUCACUGGGGUUUAAAAAGACUACACAAGAAAACAAAUAGCCUAAUCCAGACCACUGGUUCUCAACUUUAAUUUUAUUUCCUUUUGGUUUAUUAGCCCUUAAAGUGAUGCUGCUUGCACAGGUUAAACAGUAAAGUUAUGUUUAGUGGGGUUGUAAUUCUUUUGUUUUUACAUUUGAUGAAUUCUUUUAUUCAGAAAAUUAGAAGAAAUGCAACACAAUUUAUUUGGAUCAUAGAAAUAAAUAUUUCUUUUUCAUGUCACAAGUCCCCACUAGUCGAUUACAUGUUCUAAGGGUGACCUGAGGUUGAGAGCCACUAAUCAAGAGACACAUACUAUGAGAUACAUUUUAAAAUGCACAGGGGUUUCAGGGAGCUGAGCUUCUUCAGUACUUAUUCUCUCAUUCUACUGAACAUGGUACACUGGCUGAUGUGCAGAUGUGAUUCCACUUGCACAUUGUCAAACCUCAAACUGAAAGGACUUCCCAGAAUACAUUUACAUUUGUUUGUUUUAUUGCCAGUGUCGUUUUGUAUAUGUUUAUAUAUGUAAAUGUGUAUAUAAAGAUAACUAUAAGAAACUGCUUUAACAUGU